AUGGCAGACAAGAUGGAAUACCCGGAGCUAGGCACCACGGACGUCCAGAUGGCUAUGAUGGAGAUGCACCAAGCCUUCGAGGAGUUCCCCCCAGAAGCACAUCCGAUCUGUCCUUUGCUUAGUGAAGCUGACGAUACGAAUUACGCCGUCCCAAACCUCCCCGAUGCGAACGGAACAACGGUGGCGGAAAAGCAAAAGGGAAUUGCUGCCGGGCUCGAACGAUGUAGAAUCACCUACGGCCUUUCGCUCCUGUUAGUAAUGCCAGAGGCGGGAAAAUGGAUCAAUGAGUGGAAAGAACGUGUCAACUCCUUCCUUACAAGAUGCGACGGAUGUGCCAGGACAUGGCAUAAGACACGCCAGCAGUUCCUCCGAGCCAUUGAACAGUAUAUUUCCCACGACAACGCCGACUUACUGCGCAACCUGCAGAGAAACCUCGAAUCUUUCGACGAGGAACGCAUAACGUGCGGCCUCAAGAGAGCUAAAUUCCUUCUCGAGAGGGAUGGUCCCAUGCCGACAACGAAGCUCGUGAAGAUCGAACUUGCGCCGUGUCUCGCCUUGUUCGAAUCGCUCUGCUGCAUGGCCUACCUCAAUAACAAAACGAAUCUGGACUUAUUCAAUUACGUGUUCGAAAAUGUCCAGCCUAAGAAGCCGCUUAAGAUGGUGGGAGGCGCUAUUCCGACCAUGACAUAUUUCCUUUUCGAAGAGUAUCCGGUCCACAGGGCGUUUGCAGAGGCGCAAUGGCAACGGAUGCCAGCGGAAGGCCUCACCGAUGAGGAAUGGGAAUGGGCUGUCAGAAGUGGUCUCAAGUCCCAUAUCUUGGGCCAUAGGGGCAUCCCGCCCCCGGCGAGGCUGUGUCGCUUUUGGAGUGGCUUCCUUCUCAUUUUGCGAUCCAUGAGUGAAAAGAGCAUUUUGGAGAACCUCCGUGGCAUGGAAGUACAACCGAACGUUUACUUUCUUGCUCUCGAAAACUUGGGCACCAACAACGUCCUUGCCCUGAGCAUGAUACUGAAAGGGCUUCGUACGCUCAUGGAGCGUUCGCCAAAGGCCUUCUGGGAUGCUUAUGACCAAGUCACACCCAGCACGAUUGUGGAGGAAAUCUUCAAGAGCCCGGCUUUCAAGCCCCUGCUGAGCCAGUCCCUCGACCCUGACUUGAUGGUUGAGGACCGGGAUAACAACGGCCAACAAAUUCCAGCGCUGGCGGAAUGGGUCAGGGCCUUCAUCCGUUCCCUCCCAUCAGCGCGGCGGUCAGACGUCUGCGAAACUCUUCUUCGUCAUCUUUUCGAGACUCUCCGUGUCGACCACAACGCGACCCAGGAAGCAAAGGCCACUUGUGUCCUUGCUGGUCUGGUGACCUUGAGAGAAUGCUUGGACGGUUACCUCAAUCUUCCAUCCUUUGAUACAGGGACGUCCCUUAUUAUGGUCAACCAGUUACUCAACAGAGUUAUUCAGUACAAGGAAGUCAUCAUCGGUGCCACGCAACUCAAAGCCGGGGACAAGUUCAACGUUGGCCUCUCACAGGCUGCUAUAGCUAUCGUUCAGUCUGCCCUGGCCUUGGACGCGAAGGCGACAUUCAUGGAAUGGGACGCUUUCGUUAAGGGGAAGCCUGUUCAAGAUGCUGUAAACAGGGACUCUGGCGCAUUAUGGGAGUCGUUCCUGGAUCUCAUCUUCACCGGCCAAACAGACCUUGCUAAGGCCAUGUUGAGAGCAACGAUGCCUCUCAGGAGUAUCGAACGGUUCAUCCCUAAGCGGAAAGGCCAGCUCAAGACCGAGCAUGCCAAGUUCAACAGCCGCUUUCAACAGCAAACGGAGGCAAUUGGCAAAAUGCUCGGCCGUCUGUCAAUAUUUAACCCGGCUGAUCUCGACAGUUUCUGCUCGGAUCCGCAAAGUAACACUAUCCAGCCCAUUGUGGCGACUCUGAUACACGGUGAGGAUGCCAUUCGCGAAGCCGGCUUCGAGUUGGUCAAAGCCAUUACAGGUGAGAUUACGCCAUCUGAGGCCGUGAGUAAGAUGCUUGAGGAGUACUUCACUCAAUUCCUGGAGGCUUUUGCUGGUGCCGUAAACCAUAUCACCAGCGCCAGAGACUCCAAUAAUCCGUGGAGUCACAUGCAACACUUGUUGAAAUGCUGUGAAUUCGUGCUCGAUGGCUUAAGUGAUCCGUCCGUAGGCCAGCUCAGACGCAAGACCCUGACCCCUGCGGAACAUGCGGUCGUUAAGGGAUGGUGGGAGUGCGAAUGGAGAGCCGUCGGCCACUCGUUCGGAUCCAUGAGACUCUGGCACGAGAAGGUAGGACGAAAAAGGUACAUGGAGGACUUUUGUCGUGAUGUGAUGGAGCUUGCAGAGCACCUCCUCACCCAAGAUGGUCUCAUGGCCUCGGCACUUAGCAGUCCACAAAGCAUCUCAGCAACAAACGGGGACGACGGCUCAGAAGGCAUGAAAUUGGUUCUGGAGCCGCCGAGGAUGCACUCAUAUCCCUUAGUGGACAUGUUGCAACUCCGCGAUAAAUACCUUAUUGCCGGUAUCAUCGAGAUCACAAAGAAGCUGAUCAAGCGUCUGCAAGACAACGGCAUGUCGCUUCCCCCAAAAACUGUCGCUUAUCUCAACAACAUGCUAAAGAAGAGGAAGUACACUGAUGGAAGAUUUGAUUACCCCACAAAGACGAAUCUUACCAAUGAGCAACGGAUCGAGCUGCUAAAGGCGCUCGGGGAUGAUGCCGCCAUCGAAGAGCAAUUCGUCGGUGGAAAGCCUGUCAAUGUCAAGCAAGAGGUCAAGCCGGUCAUGAAACAAGCCAAGCUCGAUUUCUCAAAGGCCUCACUCAAAGACCACAUGGUUUCGCUUACGCCUGCCUUUGAGAAGGCCACUGAGAGGCGGAAGAAUGCUCUGUUGGAGACGAUGAAAGCCGAAGCUCCACUCAAAGCUCCUCCCAAAGUCGAUUCAAAGGCUGCCGACAAGAUCAAGGAGGCCAGACGGCUGGAGAGAGAAGCAAAGGCCAAGCGAGAUGCUGAGGCCAUUGCGAGGGCAAAGGCUCUGCGUGCGCCACCGAAGCUGGUGCAAGGAGAAGGCUCGGGUCUAGCUGGGGUUGCUGGAGUUCGUGGAAAAGAUCACGCCCCAGUGCUCAAGGACGAGAUCAUGGUUGGAUCAUCUUCAGAAGACGAGGAUGAGUCUGACGAUGACGAGCUGGUCAACCUGCAUGCUGCUGGCAAGAAGAGUAUGACUGAGGCCGAGCGUCGCGCCCAUCGGUUGUUGGCCGAGAAGAUACGCGGGCCGGUCAAGAAGGUCAAGAUCGAGCGGUCCGCCAAGGAUAUGCGCGCUCGUCUUAUUCCUCCUAUGGAUGUUUUGCACCAGGCUAUCUUGGAGUGGGACAUCUUCCACGAGGGCAACGAUCCGCCAAACGGGUACCGUUGCGAUCACGUCUCGGAUACCUACCACGACCCAGUCAGCUACAAGCAAACCUUCUUCCCGCUACUCAUCAACGAAGCCUGGCGCUCAUUUGUCACGUCAAAGGAUGAAACCACUUCCAAGCCUUUCGGCAUCAAGGUUCUCAGCCGUAUGACAGUUGACAAGUUCAUGGAAGUCACGGCGUCAGUUCCAGCUGCGGUCAGCAAGGACCGUCAACUGUCUGAAGGAGAUAUUGUCAUCAUCUCCAAGGGCCAAAACCCACUUCAAGAGCCAGAAGAGCUGCAUUGUCUUUCGCGUAUUUGGAAGACAACCUACAAGAAAGACAACGUGGAGGUCGUCUACCGCCUGAACGCCAAGGGCAACCAGAUCUUACCUGUGCUACUGCCUGGCUCGGAGUUUCAAGUCGUUAAGAUCACUAACAUGACGACCAUUGAACGCGAGUAUGCCGCCCUGGAAAGUUUACAGUACUACGAUCUCAUGGACGAAGUAUUGAGAGCCGAACCGUCCCCCAUGCUGUCGUUUGGCGAUGAGAAUAUCAGGAACACCAUGAAGAACUGGGAACUCAACCCAGGUCAGGCGAAGGCCAUCCUCAACGCCAAAGAGAACGAUGGGUUUACCCUUAUCCAGGGUCCUCCGGGUACUGGUAAAACAAAGACCAUUGUGGCCAUGGUCGGCUGUCUGCUGACCGGAGUGCUCAAAAAUCCUACCGCUGGUGUGGCCAUUGGCCGUCCAGGACUCGGCGCGGCAAAGAAUGCUCCAUCCAAGAAGCUGCUUGUUUGCGCGCCCAGUAACGCAGCUGUGGACGAAUUGGUGUUGCGUCUGAAGAAUGGUGUCAAGACACAGAAUGGAACGACUCACAAAAUCGAGGUAGUCCGUCUCGGUCGCAGUGAUGCCAUCAACGCAGGUGUCAGGGAUGUCACGCUCGAUGAGCUGGUCAAGGCAAAAAUGGAUGCUCAGUUGAACAAGGACGAAGGCCCAACUGACCGAGAAAAGAUGCACCAGGAAGCUGGCGAGAUCAAGCAGAAGAUUGCCGAACUCAGACCGCAACUGGAAGCGGCGCGCACAAUGGAUGACCGGCAGCUUAUCAACAAGUAUCAGCGAGAGUUCGACGAGCUCAAGCGGCGCCAAGCGCACAUCGGCGCGCGCAUCGAUGCGGAUAAAGCUAGCGGAAACACAUUCGCUAGAGAGACUGAGAUUAAACGCCGCCAGGUUCAGCAGGAGAUUCUCGAUAAGGCUCAGGUGCUGUGCGCCACUCUCAGCGGUAGCGGUCACGAGAUGUUCAAGAACUUGAACGUGGAGUUUGAGACGGUCAUCAUCGAUGAGGCGGCGCAGUGCGUGGAGCUUAGCGCGCUCAUUCCCUUGAAGUACGGAUGCUCAAAGUGCAUUCUUGUCGGUGAUCCCAAGCAGUUGCCACCUACCGUUCUCUCCCAGUCUGCUGCGCGGUAUGGCUACGACCAGAGUCUGUUCGUCCGCAUGCAGAAGAGCCACGAGAAGGACGUGCAUCUCCUCGAUACCCAGUAUCGUAUGCAUCCUGAGAUCAGCUCCUUCCCCAGAGAAGCCUUCUACGAAGGUCUCCUACAAGACGGCGAUGGCAUGGCCAAGUCGCGUCUCCAGCCCUGGCACCGCAGUGCUCUGCUUGGGCCGUAUCGCUUCUUCGAUGUUCGCGGUUUGCAGGAGCGUGGGCCAAAGAACCAGUCACUCGUCAACGAGGAGGAACUCAAGGUCGCCAUGCAACUUUAUCGCCGGUUCAAGGCCGAUUACGGCGAUGUCGACCUCAAGGGCAAGAUUGGUAUCAUCACUCCUUACAAGGCCCAGCUGCACCGAUUGCGGUCGCAGUUUGCGCAGCGCUUUGGUGACGCCAUCACGGAUGAAAUCGAGUUCAACACCACAGAUGCCUUCCAGGGCCGAGAGUGCGAGAUCAUCAUCUUCUCUUGCGUUCGUGCUAGCCCUACGGGCGGUAUCGGUUUCAUGACGGAUAUCCGCCGUAUGAACGUCGGUCUUACACGUGCGCGGUCUUCGCUCUGGAUCCUCGGCGACUCCCGUGCCCUCAUGCAGGGCGAGUUUUGGGCGAAGCUCAUUGAAGAUUCGAAGAAGCGUGAUCGGUAUACCACGGGUAACAUCAUGGGCAUGUUGAGCCAGACGGGGCCUCGGCUGUCUGAAGCGGCUUUCCGGGCUUUGGCGAUUACUAGCUCUGAUGACAGCAGAGACGGUACGCCGAGCGGUAUCAAGCGGGAGUUGGUCGAGGUGAAGGCCGAGGUCAAGGACGAGGAUGGCGAUGUGAAAAUGAACGAUAGGUCAUCGUUCAGGGGAUCUUCUCCUCCGGCUCCUCCUUCUGUCAGUGGGAGCAGUGCGAUGGGCUCGUCUCGACCCCCAUCUAGACCUCCUUCAGGAGCAAAUACCCCGGCUCAUAUCAAGAACGAGUUCGGAAGUUCGCCUGCGCCGCCGCCGCAGCCGCACAGGGAAGGCUUGCCACUCAUUCAGGAGACGACUUUCACGCCGAGGGCGAAGAAGAGGCCACAUGAGGGAGGAGGGGGUGAUCAGCCUGGCAAGAAGCAACACGUCGACCCCAUCGUUAGUCGAGCCCCCAAGGGACCGAGAGGUUACAACCCUAACGCCAACAACCACGGUGACCUCCCGCCAAGACCACCGCCUCCCGCGCCGAGUGACCCUUCGGCAAUGGAAGUCCUCGGCCUGGCACCUCCCACCAGAGCACCAGCUGCUCAACAGUACAACAACUAUCAGCAUCAGCAGCCACAGUACCCACCCCGUGGUCCUCAACAGGGACCUCCGCCUCCGUACCCCGGCCGUCAACAGCAUCAACAACAACAACAACAACAACAACAACAACAACAACAACAACAACAACAACAACAACAACAACCGCCUACUGGUCCUUCGAGACCGGGUGGUCCUCCAACUGGUCCUAGCAGACCUGGUGGUGGUGGCGGUGGUGGUGGUUAUGGUCAGCAGCAGCAGCAGAGACCGCCGCCGGUGGUGAAGAAGAAGGCCCCUGUUGAUCCAUUUAUUAAGCGGAAGAAGAGGUGA